AUGACGCCCGGGUCUCGGAGCGCCUUUCACUGGGCGCUGCUGCUGCUGGCGGUACUGUGGCCGCAGGUAACGUCCCGCGCCCUCUCCGCCCCCUCCCGCGGCUGCGCUCCCGGCUUGCGCCCCGGCGCCGCUGAACCUGACCGCCCUCCUCCCUCCUUCUCUCCGUCCCUGUGCAGCAGCGCGCGGCGGGCUCCGGCAUCUUCCAGCUGCGGCUGCAGGAGCUCGCGCUGCCCGAGCACCAGUUAUGUUGACCUGAGCUCGGGUACCUUCUCACUCAGCAUCCAAGCUUGGCACGCACCGGGAGACGACCUGAGGCCAGGCGGGGGAAACGCGGGCUUGGGGGUGGGGGCCAGGACGCUUAGCUUGGCCGGAGCUGCGCCCCGCGCUGGACGCUCGGAUUCCGCUUGCUGCCUGGACUCAGAGCACAAUUGCGUUUCCUGCGGGUUAUUUUUGGCGUGGGAACGCGGGGAGCACGGCGAGGCUUUACCAGGCGAUGCACUUAUCAGUGAAAUCAUCAUCCAAGGCUCCCUUGCUGUGGGUCAGACUUGGCAACCAGAUGAGCAAAACAAGACCCUCACAAGACUGCGCUAUUCUUACCGGGUCAUCUGCAGUGACAACUACUAUGGAGAUAACUGUUCCCGUCUGUGCAAGAAGCGCAAUGACCUCUUCGGACACUAUGUGUGCGAGCCAGAUGGCAGCCUGUCCUGCCUGCCCGGUUGGACUGGGAAAUACUGUGAUCAGCCUAUCUGUCUUUCUGGCUGUCAUGAACAGAAUGGCUACUGCAGCAAGCCAGCAGAGUGCCUCUGCCGUCCAGGUUGGCAGGGCCGCCUAUGCAAUGAAUGUAUCCCCCACAAUGGCUGUCGUCAUGGCACCUGCAGCACCCCCUGGCAGUGCACCUGUGAAGAGGGCUGGGGAGGUCUGUUCUGUGACCAAGAUCUCAAUUACUGCACUCACCACUCUCCAUGCAAGAAUGGAGCGACAUGUUCCAACAGUGGACAGCGGAGCUAUACCUGCACCUGUCGCCCAGGCUACACUGGUGUGGACUGUGAGCUGGAACUCAGCAAGUGUGACAGCAACCCCUGUCGAAAUGGCGGCAGCUGUAAGGACCAGGAGGAUGGCUACCACUGCCUGUGUCCCCCAGGCUACUAUGGCCAGCACUGUGAACAUAGUACCUUGACCUGUGCAGACUCACCCUGCUUCAAUGGGGGCUCCUGCCGGGAGCGAAACCAGGGGGCCAGUUAUGCCUGUGAAUGCCCCCCUAAUUUCACUGGCUCCAACUGUGAGAAGAAAGUAGACAGGUGCACCAGCAACCCGUGUGCCAAUGGGGGCCAGUGCCUAAACAGAGGUCCAAGCCGUACCUGCCGCUGCCGACCUGGAUUCACAGGCGCCCACUGUGAACUCCACAUCAGCGACUGUGCCCGAAGCCCCUGUGCCCAUGGGGGCACUUGCCACGAUCUGGAGAAUGGGCCGGUGUGCACCUGCCCUGCUGGCUUUUCUGGCAGGCGCUGUGAGGUGCGGAUAACCAGCGAUGCGUGUGCCUCAGGGCCCUGCUUCAACGGGGCCACCUGCUACAAUGGCAUCUCCCUAGACAACUUCGUCUGCAACUGUCCUUACGGCUUUGUGGGCAGCCGCUGCGAGUUUCCCGUGGGUUUGCCACCCAGCUUCCCCUGGGUCGCUGUCUCCCUGGGUGUGGGGCUGGUGGUACUGCUGGUGUUGCUGGGUAUGGUGGCAGUAGCUGUGCGGCAACUGAGGCUUCGGCGGCCCGAUGAUGGCAGCAGGGAGGCCAUGAACAACUUGUCGGACUUCCAGAAGGACAACCUAAUCCCUGCUGCCCAGCUCAAGAACACAAACCAGAAGAAGGAGUUAGAAGUGGACUGUGGCCUGGACAAGUCCAAUUGUGGCAAACCGCAGAACCACACAUUGGAUUAUAAUCUGGCUCCAGGACCCCUCGGGCGGGGAGCCAUGUCUGGGAAGUAUCUUCACAGUGACAAGAGCUUAGGAGAGAAGGUGCCACUUCGGUUACACAGUGAAAAGCCAGAGUGUCGAAUAUCAGCGAUAUGCUCCCCCAGGGACUCCAUGUACCAGUCAGUGUGCUUGAUAUCAGAAGAGAGGAACGAAUGUGUCAUUGCCACAGAGGGGGGCCGCGCCCACUGCUCCUCGCGUCCCGGGCUGGGUCGGAUUGGGCAGCGGAAGAGUCAGGUGCGCUCGCCCGCCUGUCGGGGGCAGCUCUCCACCUGCUGCCACCGCCGGGCGCCCGGGAGCUCUGCGGCUCCCCGCCCUCUGCUCUUUGUUACAGCCCGACUUCCUGUUUGUGGUCGCCGACCCGGGCUCACUUCCCGGGCCGGGAAGCCGCCGAAGGCCGUGAGUUUCUCGGAGACACUCCCACUGGGUCCCGCCCCCUGCCUCCUCCGUGCCUGCCCCGGCUCUUCGUCCCGCCCCCACCCCUCCCUCCCGCCGCGGGAAGCGGAGUCUCCAGCGGGCUUCACGGCGGGACGGCAGGACAGCCACCGGACACUAGAGGGCGCUGCGCGGCCGCCCAGGCUGCUGUCCCGCAGGAGGCUCCUGGGGACCAGUCCAGGAAUCCCGAAUUAG